AUGGAUCUGUACAAUCUUCCCAAUGUCACCGAGCCUCCUCAGCCCAUGGCCUCAUCUCUCUCAAUACCGUCGAUUCUCUUGGUCACCACACUCAUGGUCGCUCUCAUCAGCCUUGUCUACUGGUGUGUGCAAGACUAUCGUCUCUACAUGUCGUUGGGGCCUGGUGGUCCUCCAUACAACAUCUGGGGUUGGAUACUCACUUCUUUCCUUGUCAGACCAUUUACGCUGGCUGCUGAUGACACGACCUGGACUGGAGAUUACCCGGACUUUGGGUGUCACAAAGAAAUAGAGGCACUACCGGAGCGUGCUGGGGAACGACCGGUGGUAUUGGGAAUUGCUCCACAGAGACAAUUUACUCAAAGCCCUGGGCCAGAAAUGAACAAGCGUGUAUCAUCUCUCUUCGCAACCGCCGAACAAAACAAUUCCAAGUUAUUGCAGCAACGGCUUUCUGCGUUUGAGAGACACCAUGUUGCACUAUUUGUCCAUCAGAUUCUUCUUCUUUCCAACCCCGAAAGUCUCCCGGAAACGGCUAUCAGAUCAGGAGGUGAAAUAGGCCACCUUCAUGGUGAGACAUCUCUUCAUCUGUACUUUUCACCAGCGGACGCCAAGGUUAUCAUCGACAAAGGCUGGGCUGAGCGGCAUCGAUGUGCGAGGACUCAGCCCUGGUGGUUCGGCUGGAGGAAGUACUUGUGGAGCAUUGGAGACACCUUUCUGCUUGUUUACGCUCCUCGUGAUGAGGCUGAAUAUGACAUUCUGAAGACCCUGAUCAGGGCAAGUGCCAGAUUCAUGACUGGACGGGAGGAUAUUGCUGAACCAUGA